AUGUCAUCCACCCACCACAACGCGAAGAUCCACGGCCUCCCAUGGCAAGAGGAACGCAAAUUCGACCCGGCAAUGAACUUCCGCCCGCAAGGCACUGAUCUCCGUUCCAUCGAGCUCCACCACCACGGCCCCUGGGUCUUUCUUUCUUGCGGUCUGGGGGACCCGUCCCGCCUGCGGCCGGGCAACGGCACGGCAAACGCCAUAGCCGCCGUCGGGGUCUAUGUUGGGGAAGAUUCACUGUACAACAUGAGCCUCGUCUUGGAUGAAUCGAGCCCGACCAACCAGAUUGCCGAGUUGCGAGCGGGCUACUAUGGCCUGAUAAAUGCCCUCGACAUACAGGAAGCCAGAGUACAGGGCACAAAGCUUACACAGGUCGUCAUCAACGACGACUCGGAAUAUCUGGUCAAGGGCAUGACCGAGUGGGUCUUCCGGUGGGAGAAGAACGGGUAUCGAGCGGCAAAGGGCACUACGGUGGUGAACGCCAACCUUUUCCGCCUUCUGCUACGCUGGGUUUCUCGAUUGAACGACCGAGGCGUCGAGGUCCUCUUCUGCCACGUGAAGAGGAGGGACAACACUGAAGCGGGUGAUUGUGCGAACAUAGCACUGGACAGGAUCAAGCAAGGCCACCUUUCUUAG